AUGGAGGGAAAGAAGGAUAAGCAGCAACAGCAUAAAAUAGAAGAUGCUGGUAUACUGUAUGUAACUGAAAAAAAAGAAGCGAAACAUGAAAAAAAGCCUGGAAAAAGUAUUCAACAUUCAAAACCAUGUUUUGGGAGAGGACAUGUAUAUUAUGCUAAAUUCAUUAACACAAAUGUAAGAACAUGCAAUGAACCAGUUCCCUACAUAGAUCCCAAAAACGAGCCAGAAGAUCAGGGUGACUGGUGGUCACAUGGUAAAGGACUGGAAAAUCCCUUCCAACCACCUUAUGACACUAAGAGCACCCAGAGGAGUGACUUUAAAAAACCAACAUGUCCAUUUGUUUCUCCAGUCAAGUACAGCAAGUUGCUAAAGCCUUCUUAUGGAAUAGUUCCACUUGCCUCUCCUGAUGCAUCAGCAGAACUCCAAAAGAAUUUUAUAGAACGCAUCUCUUUUUCACAUCAAUAUGAUGCCAGGAAAACACCCAAUGAGCCCAUCUGGGGAAAGCGACAUGGAGUUUUUGUGCAGACAGAGAUAAAACCAGGGAGGAGGCCAACAGUUCCUAAGAGAACAGAGGUAUUACUGAAUGCUCCAGGGUCAUGCUCAUCAGAACAGUCCAAAAAAACAGAGAAAGGAAACUCAGCGGAAAGCAAAAUGAUCUCACCCGGUCUCUGCCGACAAAAUUCCCAGGAGUUGUUAGAGACUAAAACUCACUUAUCAGAAACAGACGUCAGAGAGGCAGCCAACACAUGUCCCAGAAGUCUUGAGAGAAGGGAGAAGAUUGCAGACGUCUUUCAAAUAACUGCAGUAAAUGCUCUUCUCACCAGGCAUGAUCCUUUAAGUCCACCAAUAAAAAGUCAGGAUAAAUCAGGAUAAACUACCUUCUUCAAAUAAAAACAUAGUCCUUAGAAUGUA